AGCUCUUCUACGCAUUUUAACUAUAUUUUGAAGAUGUGAUAACCUAUAUUUACUUUGCUAGGUGAGAAAAACAACCUUCUUUCUAUUAUUAAAAAUAUGUGCGCAUGAAGCAAAAAGGAAAAAGUAGGCUGUUGGUUAUUAUGAGGGGAGGGGUGAAGAGAGACACAACGUUUGUUCCUUAUCUCCUUGUGACAGACCCAUUGCCACCCACAAAGAAGACAUCACAAUGACUGAUCCAAACACAUCUUCUUUUUACAUAGACUUUGGCUCAGCUUAUGAUUCACUCAACUUCACCUACAAUGAAUCAGAGUUCUACAUUAACCCUGACACACAGCCGUGCAAACAGUUCGUCAUCCCUGAUGCUUUGACGGCGAUUGUCAGUGCGUUUUAUGUCCUCAUCUUUGUUUUGGCCAUUCCUGGUAAUCUGGUUGUGGGGCUUGUGAUCGGCCUCAGUAAGCAGACGCUGCCUCCCUCUGACCUCUACCUCCUCCACCUGGCAGUCGCUGACCUCCUCUUGGCUUUAACCCUCCCGUUUUGGGCCACAUCUGUUACACAGGGUUGGGUGUUUGGAGAUGUCAUGUGCAAAAUUGUCACCAUCAUCCAAGAGCUGAGCUUCUACUCUAGCAUUCUCUUCCUGACCUGCAUUAGCAUGGACCGCUACAUGGUGAUUGUGCGAGCUAUGGAGGCACGCAGGGCUAACCGACGGAUGGUCAGCUGGGGAGUUUGUGCUGCUGUCUGGGGCAUUGGGACACUUCUCUCUCUGCCUGGGCUUCUACAUUCAUCUUACAAACCUGACACAUCUCACGACUCCAGUCAGUUAAUGUGUGGAGAACAUUACACCCUUGGCAGUGCUAGUAAUUGGAGGCUGGCCACCCGGGUUCUCCGCCACACUUUGGGUUUUCUCAUCCCACUGGCCGUCAUGCUGCCCUGUUAUGGAGUAACCAUCAAGCGCCUCCUUCGUAUCCGUGGGGGGUUUCAGCGCCAAAAAGCCAUGAGAGUGAUUUUCUUUGUGGUCGUUGCCUUCCUGCUUUGUUGGACUCCAUACCACCUUGCAGUGAUGGUGGACACGUUCUUCAGGUCUAAGAUUGUGCCGUACCAGUGCCCAGCGAGGAUGGCGGUGGAUCAGGCCAUGUUUGCCACGCAGAUUCUGGGCCUCCUGCACAGCUGUGUUAAUCCAGUGCUGUAUGCGUUUGUGGGCGAGAAGUUCAGGAGUAGGCUAACACAUAUAUUGAAGAAGAUGGGCGUCUUGGAGAGAACGUCUUUGUCAAGAUCCAGCAGAUCUUCACUGUCUUCAGAGAUCACGUCCACGUUCAUGUGAGAACAGAAGAAGAGAAACUUUAGACUCAAAGACCCCACAGAACUCGUUUUGAUACAUAUGUGCAUUUUUCAGUGCAGCUCAUAUUUGCUAAACAUCAGUCUUUUAGAAAACAACUUUGUACAACAUUUCCCUCGGUUAGCCUCAACUAUUUUGCAUAAAAAAAUGAAAAUAUUUGUUACUAUUUUUCUAUCCCUUUAAGUUAAUUUUGCAGUACGGUCUUGAGCGUUUCACCGUGUAAUGUAAAUAAUAUUUCAUGCUUUAUUAACUUUUUUUAAUAUCUUUUUAAAAUUUGUUUGGCUUUAAUUUUGUAAUCAAAUUUAUAAAUGUUUCUUUUCCUGUGAUGAAUAUAUAUAUAUAUAUAUAUAUAUAUAUAUUUUUUUAAUCUUGCUAAAAAAAAAACUAAAAAAACAAAGCCGAAUAAAUUUCGGUUUCACUCAACCAUAUAUGUUUUUGUGGUUUCCCAUCCUUUCAUUUCUCAGGCGUUAGUUUUGAGGAAACUGUGCAAAACACAUUUGUCAAGUGAGACUUCAUUACAACACAAUAGAUCUACGUCAACACCAAGGCAAAGCUUUCACUGAUGAGAAUGUAGCUUCAGGGAGAACUGGACAUUAAGCAAAGAUAAUUCAGUGUGUGGUAAACAUUUUCUGAUUUCACUUGGUGGUUUUUUAAGUCUGAGAAAAUACAUUUCCCAACAUCACUGUGCUUUGAAAGAGCAGCUCAGUCCUUCAGUUUAAGGUGUAAUCCCCUAUCAGCACUUAUCCUUCACAAUAUUGUAUAACUCUGUAUAAGGUUUUGUUUAGAUUUAUUUAUCAAAUUUGGAUAUGUAAGAGUGCCUUUAAUUGUUUGUAUUUAGCCUUAGACAGCAGGUGGGUUCCACUUGCAUUCAUCAUUAAAUAAAAAUAUAUUUCUAUAAAAA